AAAGGCAUUGAUCCCUGCCUUCGGAGAUGCAUGAAGCCUUGGAACGGUGUUGAGAAUCGCAUCAUUGGCAGUCGCAGUGCGUGUCGAACACGAACUCUCCGCAGCUUCCCAUGCCACGCUCACUCGACGCUCCUCACACCCUCUGCACGACCGCGACCAGACAUCCAGCAGCAACAAGUCCGAGAUUGACGUGUCGCGUUGCCCCACAUCAGGUCCCUAGAGGCGUUUCCCAGCAUCGUGCGACGCCUGAGGUGUGCAGACUUCGCCGGUUCCAGUCGCUGGUCGAUUUUCUCCUUGCACCUGCUGCGCCCUCGACAUAGCCUGCGAUGGUGUCUGCUGGUGCAUGGCCCCGCUGACAGGCGUCUUCGCCUGUGUCAUACCCGUGCCUCUGGUCGCCAGCCCUGUCUGCGGCCGCGCGGAAGCAACGCAAUAGCGGAGGACGAGUCCACACCACAUCCCAGCUAUGGCGCCCACGAGCAUGUUCUCAUACCUCAGGCCAGGUCAUGCAAAGCGCAAUGCCUCGAGCCUGGCCUCCCCAGAUCCUGUCUCCAGCCCCGCCGCCGUCCCGCUGCCGUCGCCGUCGCCGUCGCAGAACACCGAGUAUUUCGCAUCGCCGCGCAUACCAGAUAAUGCAAGCUUCACCUCUGGCUCGCCCAUAUCGCCAUACCCGCCGCAGCUCCCGCCCAUAACACGCGUCGCCUCCAAGCUAGACCAGGCCAGGGCUACACAGAGCUCUCCGCGCCCUGCAGAUCAGCGCGCGCUCAGCACAGGGGGGUCCAACAGCCAGUUAGCGCAGGAUCGCGGCAUGCUGUCCCCGCCGCAGCGCACACACGGACAGUUGUAUCCCAGUCAAGAGGAGAAGAAGCCUCCGUUCUUGCGUUCCAGAACAGAUAUUACCCCCACAGGCCUCCGCCCGCAGGGACUGGGCAUCUCACAUAAGCCAGAUCCCAUCCACGCCGCAGAGAUACCCUCUCAAUCGUCGAUGCACCUCACGCCUUCCCUCACAUCCCCUGGCUAUGCGAGCCACUCCAAGUCGCAGACCUCACUCAUGAGUGGUCUGACGGAGAAGCUGUCUGGCAGCUCCAAGGCAGCAUCGACACCCACGGCUGCGCCUGGCAAGGCCAAGUCACGACUCAGGAACCCUAUGUCCUUGCUUAUGCGGCGAAGAUCAGGCCAGACACUCGACCCCCUCCACGACGAGUCCCUAGUUACUCAACGCUCGCCUUCGUUUGUCCCACCGAUUCGCGAUAACUACGACCCCAGCAUCCGAGGCAACAUUGUCCACGACUUCAAUGCGCCCAGGCUGAACAGGAACUUCUCGUACAACAAUGCAUAUGGUAGUAGUCCAGUACUGCCUGGUACUUCUGGCGAGGUAGGCAGGGUCAGCCCACCCAAGAUCGAGAAAGAGCAUACUCCAGUCUUCCGGGAGCAUUUUGACGAUGACACGAGUUACGAGCAAUCGCAAGCAGCUGUCCGAGCUGAGCAGCUGGCCAACAACGAUUUCGUAGCGCGGAACUCGAUGUUGUUACUCUCCGAGCCCUCGCCGCCAGAAUCAUUGCCUGCACCCAGAGUAGCACCCCAGCAGGACACGAAACCAACUCCAGAAGACACAUUCUCAGAGCCUCUACCGCAAUUCGUCUCGCCACCUCCUCCACCGCCCUACCAAGCUACUGAUCAUACCGCUGCGGUCCUGUCUCCUGUUGAGGAGAUACCCAGCCCUACAUAUGCGCCAACAGAUGAUACCCCAAAGGCAAAAAAGUCAACGAAAAGUCCGCCACCAGCACGGUCUCGAGCCACUUCGAUUACCGACCCGCCAUGGCAACCAGCGGGGUUGCCAGCACAUCUCAGCAGCCGAGCUUCAAGAUUUAGCUUCCAGAUCAACGGUAGUAGCGACUCGACACAGGAGCACGUCAUGGAAGAGAGGCACAGGAAGAAAGCAGCAGAGAAGGCAUCGGAGCAGGCCCACUUGUCAACGAACACAAUCGAAGAUGAGUAUGACGAGUAUGGCGUGGACGAUGAUUUCGACAUGGAUGGCGGUUAUGAAGAAGAAAUACCCAUGCUGGGAGAGGAGGACGAGUUUGGUGGGCUGGGCGACCAAAGCAUUAACGAUGGUAUCAGCACUUUCGAUUUCUCGACAUUGUCCGUUAAUCCCGGUAUGAUGUACCAGAUGAGCUCCAUGCCACUAAGCGGCCAAUUACAGACCCCUUACGACAUGAACGGCAACCCCAUAGGAUUUGCGACGUCUGGCGGAAUACCACCAAAGCAGUCGGACGAGAACGAUAGGUAUCUGAACCCAGAAGAGGACGACGAUGACGAAGCGCAGCCAUCGAUUGCCCCUCAGCAGAAACCCAAGCUCGCUUCUAGACAAGCUCCAUUGGACUCAGGUGGUCCGGAACUGAAUUCAAGCAACGACCCCAGUCCAGAUGACAACGGCCUCGAUGACGAUAUGUACUUCGAUGACGGCUUAAUUGGCGAACAGGAUCUUGGCGAUACACCUGCAUUCGACGAGGAGACCUUCGAUGACCCUGAGGGCCCGUUGUAUGAGAGGAAGAUGAAGUCAGCACCAGCCGAGGAUACACCUUCGUCUCAACCACUGCAGGCAUUGCCCUCUGAAACAGGGUACGAAGCAGACGACGACACCUUGUCUAGGCACCUGGAGAAGUCGGAACCUUCGUUGGCUCACAAGACGUCUGUUGCGCAUGCCCCGGCCGGACCGACAAUGUUCAACUUCAACGACAUGAGCUCAUACCAUACUGCGCUCGUUGAUGCAGCGAAUCGAGCCGAAGCAGCAGGCCGGUUUGCACGAAAAGCGAGUGUCGAUGUCGGCAAUUCAAGCUCUGAGCUUGAUGAUGGAUCGUCAAUCAAUCUCUCGCGCCCGAGUUUAGUACCUGACGAUGGUCGGUUUAGCCUGGACACAGUCGGCUUCCCACAGGAUGACGACGUGUACGGAACGGACAUGAGCUUCCAGGACGAUUAUGACUACAGUGACUACGACUCGGCCCUCGAGAACGACCCGAUGAUUGCGGCUGCUAACGCUGAGGCGUUGGCUUACGACGACGAAGGAUUCUAUGGGAGCGAAUUCGGCUUCUACGCAGCAGCUGGCGAUGCACAAAGCGAGUGGGGCGGUGUCUUCGCCUCGGGGCUCAACCGCGCUGUCAGUGGACGCAAUGCUGUAAGGGAGCCAAAUUUGACUCCCAUCACGGAACGAAGCGAGUACAGUACGCGCAACUCUUUUAUCAGUCUGAACCAUUUCCGUGAUGGGUCACUACCGGUUGCAAGUCCUGGGCUUGCUCAGUUGGCGCGCCUGAGUCCCUACGAAUGGCCUGCUGAGGAAGAGAAUAUGAGUCUCGACGCUCUUAUGAAGUUGCGGAAAGGUGCGUUUGGUGGGAGUGUAUCAAGUCUGCCCAGCAGUGCGGCAAAUAGCCCGCGCAACUCUUCACCUUUUGGCAUGCAGUUUGCGCCAAGGGCCGGUAGUGCGGCCGGCAACCGUAUGCAAGAGCAGUACGAUUGUAAGAUUGUAAGCGACGAGUCAGCAAAUGUCGCGGAUGGCUUGGAAGAUGAAGAAGAAGACGAUGGUUUCAUGGACGCAGUCGACGGAGCUCACGGAGAUGAAGGUGGUGGGAAAAGCGAUGGAGAUGAACGCCCCGAGAGUCCUACGCUCACAGCGAGCGACUACAACUCCCUCUCAAGCCCCAGCCGUCUUCAAGACCUUCCGCCCUUCCCGCCACCGCUGCAGCCUCAGAUUCUGCAGAUGCAAAGCCUGUAUAUGCAGCCUCCGUCUCACCUAGCGUUGGCUAUGAAGUCGCCUGCAAACAUUGCUCUGCCGAUGUCGCCGUUUGGCAUGCCGCUACCAUCCCCGUUCACGAUGAGCCAGCAUCCAGCGUCGCCACCACCUAUCGAUACAUCGCUCUCUUCUCCUACGGCUACAUCGUCGAGCGGUCCACGACGUCAGUCUGUCGGUUUCGCGUCACCCAUAUCAGCAACAUCGCCCAUGACGCCUGGUGGAAGUGGCUGGAGAGGUGGACAUUCGCGUAAGGGCAGUGCAGCCGACAGCGUUACGUAUGUACGUGAGCACGACGAGGCCGGCGAAGGUCGAUGGGUCCUCGAGAGAAGACGCACCGCUGAGAGCGGAGAGCUAGAGCUGAUUGGGAGGGAGAUUGUAGAAGGUGGAAGAAUAUGAUACCCAGCUUCGGCGCGGUCGAAAGAGGCAGGAUCGUUAUUGCUUUGGCAUUCAAGGCGUUUGAGCGAUUUUGGAACCAUCAAUGCUUGUAUGGUAUGACAGGCUGGCCCUCUUUAUCGUAUCAGAAAUACCCAUAGCAUAGGCCGAUAUUGAAUGAAACCAUGCAUGAGAUGGUGAACUCAACGAGUACUGCCCCACCAUGCAAUUGGUUUGAGCUCAUGGCUGUACGCUGUUGACAUGCCACAAGCGCACCAGAUGCUAUGUACACCGAGGCUCGGAAAUCUUCGCGCCUCAGAAAGUACG